AUGAUCAAUCAGACACUGAUGGACAACUUCCAACUGAUUCUCCAAGAAAAAACUCCUGCAAAAUCAUGGACCUUAAAUGACUUUGAAAUUGGACCCUGUUUGGGUAAAGGGAAGUUCGGCCAAGUCUACUUAGCAAGAGAGAAGAAGAGUAAAUUUAUAAUAGCACUGAAAGCUCAGUACAAGUCUGAAAUCAUAUCCAACAGUACACAAUAUCAACUUGAAAGAGAAAUCGGCAUUCAUUCACAAUUACGACAUCCUCAUAUUCUACGUCUAUUUGGCUUUUUUCAUGACGACAGUAGAGUGUAUACUAUACUUGAAUACGCUGCAAGAGGUGACUUAUUUAGUUCGAUAUACCGAAAGAGCCGAUUCGAGGAACAUUUAGCUGCAAAAUACAUUUGUCAACUAACACAGGCCCUAAUCUACCUUCACAAUAGAAGUAUUAUUCACCGUGAUAUUAAACCAGAGAAUUUACUGCUAGAUGAAAAAGAUAAUAUAAAACUUGCUGAUUUUGGAUGGUCUGUGAGAACGAGAGUUGUUGAUAACAGAAGGCAUACACUAUGUGGUACACUAGAUUAUCUUCCUCCAGAAAUGGUCGAAGGAAGAGACCACGAUGAAAGCGUUGAUCUUUGGUCCUUGGGUGUUCUUUUAUAUGAAAUGCUCGUGGGGCGACCGCCAUUUGAAAUUCCGUCCAAAGAAAGUCGAGAGAGUGUUUAUGAAAAAACAUAUAUGCGAAUCCGUAGGGUGGAUUUAAACAUGCCAGAAUUUAUCAGUAAAGAAGCAUCAGAUCUCAUACGAAAACUGGUCCAAUACAAACCAACCCAUCGGCUGCCAUUACGGCAGGUACUAUGCCAUCCUUUUAUCAAGCGACAUUUAAAGUGA